UGCAUUCGGCACAACUGGUGGGCAGUUCCUGGUGCCUGUGGGUUGUCUGUUCCUUUGCACACACAGUACGGGCGGUAGCUCGCGUUAUAUACAAUCAUAUGUAUGAGUUGGGCACGCUGUACUUCUGCUGGGCUGGGUAUAGCUCUGUGUAUAGAUCUGUGUAUAGCCGGGUGCUGGGCUGGAUAUAACGCUGGGUAUAGCCGUGUGUAUAGCAGGGUGGGCUGGAUAUAACGCUGUGUAUUGCCGGUGGGCUGUAUAUAACGGGUGGGCAGGCUGUAGGGCGGGGCGAGAAUAUAGGGCGGUCUCUGUCCCCAUUCUCUUACUCCUCCCUCCCCGGUCCCCACCGUCAGUGCUGAGCUUCGCUUCCUUCUCUACUCUCCGCUCUCCUCGCUCCCCAGGAUGAUGCUGAUGUGCAGCCCCGCUCCCCGCACGCUCCUGCCGGCUCUUUGCCUUCUGCUCACCGGCUUCCUCUUCCUCACCGGGACCGACGGCGACAGCUUCCCCCAGCAGCACACGAUGCAGUUUUGGGCCAAAAGGUUGGAACAAGAGUUUGACAGAGUCAUGCGAAUUUUCGGUGGAAGCCAACAGCUGCGAGGGCUCUAUAAUGAUAAAAGGAACCUGUUUGAGGUAAAGGAAAAUGUGCCACGGAAGUUGGUGGAGAAGGUGGCUGGUGACAUUGAGAGUCUCCUUGCCAAGAAAGUGCGCGCUCUGAAGAGACUGGCUGAAGCUGCAGAGAAGUUCCAGAAGGCUCACCGCUGGCAGGAUAACAUCAAGGAAGAAGACAUUGAAUAUUAUGAUUCCAAGGCAGACACGGAAUAUGAAGACCUGGAGGGAGAGGAGGAACCCAGAGAACCCACACACUCCUUAAAGAUUGACUUUGCAGAUGAUCCCAAUUUUAAGGCGAAGGUGAAUUACAAUUACACAGCAGUGCAGAUCCCCACGGACAUCUACAAAGGCUCUACAGUCAUCCUGAAUGAGCUGAACUGGACAGAUGCCCUAGAAGACGUCUUCAUCCAAAACCGCUUGGAGGACCCAACGCUGCUGUGGCAAAUUUUUGGUAGCGCCACUGGAGUCACCCGUUAUUACCCAGCUACUCCUUGGAGGGCCCCCAGCAAGAUAGACCUGUACGAUGUCCGUAGGAGACCAUGGUACAUACAGGGAGCCUCCUCGCCAAAGGAUAUGGUGAUCAUCGUUGAUGUCAGUGGCAGUGUAAGUGGCCUUACCCUGAAGCUUAUGAAGACAUCUGUCAUGGAGAUGCUGGAUACUUUGUCUGAUGAUGACUACGUGACUGUCGCCUCGUUUCAUGAGAAAGCAGAACCGGUCUCCUGCUUCAAGCAGUUGGUCCAAGCCAAUGUGAGAAAUAAAAAAGUGAUAAAGGAUGCUGUGCAAGACAUGGUGGCCAGAGGAACAACUGACUACAAAGCUGGAUUUGAGUAUGCUUUCAGCCAGCUGCAGAAUACCAGCAUCACCCGUGCCAAUUGCAACAAGAUGAUCAUGAUGUUCACAGACGGGGGGGAGGAUCGCGUGCAAGAUGUGUUUGAGAGAUACAACUGGCCAAACAAAACCGUGCGGGUAUUUACUUUCUCUGUUGGGCAGCACAAUUAUGAUGUGACUCCUCUCCAGUGGAUGGCCUGUGCAAAUAAGGGUUACUAUUUUGAGAUCCCGUCUAUUGGAGCGAUCAGGAUUAACACUCAGGAGUACCUGGAUGUCCUUGGGCGCCCCAUGGUAUUGGCUGGAAAUGUGGCUAAACAGGUUCAGUGGACUAAUGUGUAUCAGGAUGCGCUGGGUCUUGGAUUGGUGGUGACUGGAACUCUGCCUGUAUUUAACCUGACAGAGGACACAGGGAGUGCUGGGAAGAACCAGUUGAUUCUAGGGGUGAUGGGCAUUGAUGUUGCCUUGGAUGACAUCCGCAAGUUGAUGCCUCGAUACAGUUUGGGAGCCAAUGGUUACAUGUUUGCCAUUGACCUGAAUGGAUAUGUUCUGCUGCAUCCCAACCUAAAGCCACAGAUCAUUAACUUUCAGGAACCAGUGACUCUGGAUUUCCUGGAUGCUGAGCUGGAAGAUGAGAAUAAGGAAGAGAUUCGCAGAAAAAUGAUAGAUGGUUUGGAGGGUCAAAAAACUAUCCGCACAUUGGUGAAGUCGCUGGAUGAGAGAUACAUUGAUGAAGCCGAAAGAACGUAUACGUGGGCUCCCAUACACAGCACAAACUACAGCUUGGGUCUGGUGUUACCUCCGUACAGCUCCUAUUACCUCCGUGCAAAUCUGAUUGAUCAGAUUCUUCAGGUGCAGUAUUCUAACAAGAAAACUAAGGAUUUUGAAUCUUUGCUUCCUAACAACUUUGAAUCAGAAGGACGAGUGUUUCUUGCUCCAAGACAAUACUGCAAGGAGCUUGAACAGUCCAACAACAACACUGAAUUUCUUGAAAAUUUUAUAUCAUUGAUGGAAAAAGUAACUCCAGAUUCUAAACACUGUGACAGUUUUUUGCUCCAUAACUUGAUCUUGGACACAGGAAUCACACGGGAUUUGGCAGAUCGUGUUUGGAAAGACAAGGAUCUUCUCACAUAUGGGCUUCUUGCUGUUUUUGCUUCCACUGAUGGAGGAAUAACAAGAGUUUUCCCCAACAAAGCUGCAGAUGAUUGGAUGGAAGAUUUGGAGCCACACAAUGCCACAUACUACAGAAGGAGCCUGGAUAACAAGGGCUAUAUCUUCAGGGCUCCCUACAGAGAAUCUGGGUACCGGCCCACUGAGCUUGAAAAUAAUACUGUUGGUAUCCUGGUGAGCACUGCUGUAGAGCUGGAGAUCUUGGGCAAGAAGCUUAAACCUGCAGUGGUCGGGGUGAAGCUGGACCUGGAAUCUUGGGUGGAAAAGUUCAAAGUUCUAGCUAGUAAUCAAUCAGAGCGGCACCCCCAAGGACCACAUAAGUGUAGUCCCUCUGCCAGCUGUGAGAUGGACUGUGAUGUCAACAAUGAGGAACUGCUGUGUGUGCUGAUUGAUGAUGGAGGAUUCCUGGUCGUGUCUAAUCAGCAGGACCACUGGUCUCAGGUCGGGAAGUUCUUCAGUGAAGUGGACCCCAAUCUCAUGUCAGCUCUGUAUAAUAAUUCAUUCUUCACAAAGAAGGAGUCCUAUGAUUACCAGUCUGUUUGUGCCCCUAAGACUGAAAGCAACAAAGGGGCAGCACCUCGUGGAAUCUUUGUGCCAACAAUCGCUGAUGUUCUGAACUUGGCCUGGUUAACCUCGGCGGCUGCCUGGUCUCUGUUCCAGCAUCUUCUUGUCAGUGUUGUAUAUGGCAGUUGGCUGCAGGCAGAUGAUAUUGCAGCAGAGAAUAUGGAGUCCCGGGAAGCCAGUUGCAUCAUGAAACAGACACAGUAUUACUUUGGCAACAUCAAUUCGACUUACUCAGCAGUCAUCGACUGUGGCCCUUGCUCCCGGUACUUUCAUGCCCAGAGACUUUCCAACACAAACCUGCUGUUUGUGGUGGCAGAAAAGAUGAUCUGCAGUCAGUGCGACUCCAUGAAACUGGAUCAGGCUGAGACACGCUCUGAGGGACCCGAGCAGUGCGAGCUGGUGCAGAUGCCACGUUACAGGAAAGGGCCACGCAUGUGCUUUGACUACAGCCCUAUGGAGGACACGUCAGAUUGCGGGAGAGGAUACAUGUUCCGGCCGUCGUGGCUUCUGCUGAUGUUUCUCCAGUUCCUUAUCCAGUUUGUCUUGCCCCAUGGCUUCUGGUCAACCUCCAAUCGAGGCCUUUAGACGUAAUACAAUCUCCUCCCUCUAUCACUGCGCCUUCCUGAGGCCUGUUUCCUGAUGUGGUUACCAUGGCAACCAAAAGAACACCUUUCUUUUAUUUCGGGGCUGAGUCACCAGAACAACCAGCACUUAUUUAGGAUGAUUUUACUGUGACAACAAAGAGACCUUCCUAUGCCACCGGGAGAUAUUUGGCAACUAUAAAAAAUGCCAUCUGGUAUACUGGCAGCAGUUACCAUGACAACAAGUUUAAAUUCCUGUUGAUUGGACAUGGCAACCACGGCAACUCUGAGGAGGUCCUGUUUCCUGUUCAUCUGUCUCCAUGGUACCUAUGCUUGGACCUCAGGUUCCAUUACUGUCCUCACUUUAAGCAUCAAGCGGGGUCAUGAUCAAUGUUGUGACCCUUUUGUUUUCUGACAUAAAGUAUGUGAUUCUCCUUCUGUAUUCUCGUACCAUUCCCACAUUGAGUUGGGAGGCAGAGGUAACCUGGUGAUGACAUCAUAUCUAUACAUGAUCAUAUCAUCAAGAUUCAUCAGGUCAUUGUCCGUAGGACUCAUCCAGGUGUUGGGUGACCAUUCAUGUUAGCAAGUGCAUUGAGCCAAAGUCACCUGAAAAGUGACACCGAGAUACUGUAAGUGCAAAACAAGGCUGUACGAAGAGCAACACCCUCUGCAAAAGCAGUAUCAGGCCUCCGUUUUCUCCAUGCAGAGCAUCAGAUCCCUUGAGGCCCAUGAGUAGAGAGAGCCUAGUGUCCAUCAUCUGUUCUAAAUGCUUCAUAUUAAUCCGUCACCUGUAAUAUCGCUGUCUGACAUGAUGCACAUUGUCCGCCCAAGCAACUGGCUUGCUCUGCACUGAUCUGCAUGUACGGGGAUCACAAUUCUGCUGCACACGUAUCCCACAGACCUCCCUGUCGUACAGGGAAGCAAUGAAGAGAGCAUCAUCCACCCAAAAUAAUAGCGGUGGGUUUGUCCAACUGUGAUGUGUUCCGCUGUUCGACCAACGUUCUUCGCAAGUCGACCUGUUUGUGAAACAGCACAGUGCCCUGCAGAUCUCUCGUUAGCCGUGUGUGAACAUUUAGUCAUUCUCCUGUAGAGACAAAGCUUGGCUCUGCAGUCUGGAUAAUAAUAAGCGGCAGAGUUGAAAGCCUAUAUUUCCACUUGAAGGGCCGUCUCAAGGCAGAGCACAAUGAUGACACAAGCACAGGUGAGGCGCUGCAUCAGGAGCUUAUAAUUCAGUUCCUCCGUAGCUCUUGAGUGACACAAACCGAGCACAAUGUAGAGGGCAGUGGAAAGCCAGAGGCAGUGUUCAUUGUGUUAGUUCCACAGAAGCACACUCUGGAUACUGUCACUCUAUUUGCGAAACCCUGAUGUUUUCUCUAUCGCCCUGUGAUCUGACGUCAAAGGUUACCAUUACUAAUCUGUACAGAGUGCCAAGAGGUUUUGCAGCACAAAUAACAUUGCUACUGGUUCUAGACUGGAGUGUCCCAAACACCCUCAAUACCCCAAUACUAUUUAUGCAUCAUAUUGUCCCUGUCUACAAUACUUUCUGUUGCUUCACGGACUCCUGUAACUCUGGUGCUCGGGCUCAGUCUCUUGCUAUAGUCUUGCGUAUGGUAACGGUGCCCUGUCCCUGUGCUCACUAUACUCUGCAUUGAUUGCCUGCAUAUUUAUAGUUUUGGUUUUUUCCUUUUGCCUCUGAAUACUAAGAAUAUUUCACUUCAUGCCAAAGGGGUUAACCCCCACAUUUAUGAGUGUAUUCAUAUUGUCUUCUAGAUUUUUGCCAUUGAUGCUCCUUCCCUCAUUGCUUUCUACCCAUUGUACACUGGGAAUUCUCCCUCUUUUCAUUCGUCCAAUCACAGGGCUGGAUAUUUCAUAUGGACACAUGUGACAAAUUGCAGCAGUGGAUAUAUGGCUGCCAUACAUAAGCAGAUAUUGCUUUCCAAUUUGGCCUUCCUUUCUUGUACAUCAAAACCAUGAUCUUUCCCUAUUUACUCAGGGAUCAUUCAGAUAUGAGUCAGGCCAGGCAGAAAAUUAAUUUGGCCAAGGUGUUUGUCAGUGUAUGUAGUCUGGGUAAGACCCUGGGCCAUCUGAUCUCUUGCUCAAGGCCAUAGCUCCACUCACUCAGCGACCUAGUCAAUCACAGGGACCUUAAUAUAUAUGCCAGCUCCAUUUAACUACCCUUUGUUGUCCCCAUAUUUUUGGAAGUGGGUACAGAGAGCAUUGGCUGAUAAUCUUCCUAAGGGCAGAGACACACGGUCAGAUUCAGGGAGAUUAGUCGUGCAAAUCUCCUCUUCUUUGGGGCGACUAAUCUCCCCGAACUGCCUUGGCA